AUGAUGCAAACCUUCCACCCAUUCCGCACCCCUUCUCCUCUCCACCCAUCCCACACCCCUUUCCUCUCCACCCAUUCCGCACCCCUUCUCCUCUCCACCCAUCCCGCACCCCUUUUCCUCUCCCAUCCCACCCCUUGCGUCAGCAACAAAGGACAGGCAUGUCAACCCCCUCUCUCCACCCAUCCUGGACCCCUUUUCCCCUCUCUUGCACAACAGCGCAAUGGACUGAGAUUGCGCAUGCCAUGCAUCGUGCACAUUGCAACUGCUUCCCCUCCUCGCCCCUCCCCUCCUCGCCCCUCCCAUCCUCACCCCUCCCCUCUCCUCCUGCAUGGCUUGUCUGCCAUCGGUCCUGCUUCCUUGCCCACACUCACAUUCAACCGAGUCAACGCCGGUCAACAGGACUUCCCUGCCAUCCACUCACUGCCCUCCCAUCGCCUCGUCCGCCGCUGCCACCACUGCCUGCCGGCGCUGCUUCCUCACCACCAAAACGGCCUGACAGCCAUGUGA